AUUGACCAGUGUGCAAUAUGUACACACACGUUUACAUCUGAUGUAUCAUGGCUAAUUUCUUGCGAGGAAAAAAUAGCUAUACGAAAUCAAUGUGAAAACAUGAUUUAGGCCGAGUGAGUGCAUAAGUGUUUUGCGAAUUUCUCGUAUUUUUUCCGUAAAAACCAAAUCGAUGAUGAAUUUUAGACGAGAUGGACAGGGCGCAUAAAGCGUUCGCUAAAAAACUUCCCGUUCAGCCAUUCAUUCGUUGAACGCAUAAUAUAAUGUAAUUAAAGAAAAGCUUAAAUUAAGCAGUUAUUAUCACAACUAUUUUUGUAGCGCUAUGGUGGAGGUAACGCUUCAGGAAUCGCUAAGGCUCGCUCAGGAUUCGUCCGUUGAGUCCGUCACUACGAAUCUUCAGGACGUCUCAAAGCCGAUGUCUGAAAUCGACGAAAUGCGCGCCGUUAGGCAGGAGCAAGAUGCAUUCAUCGCCCGACUGACAGAGGAUAACGCCCAGCUAACAGCUACCGUAGAAAAUCUUGAGUCUGCAUUAUGUAGGCUGCAAACACGACUUAGGCGAUAUACUCAGAAAGAGGAAGCGACACUGACCCGUGAGGCAUUUGCUGAGAUGGCGGAGGGUGAGGCGGUCGGAGCAAAUGAGAGUAUCGUGGUCCGAUCGGAAGAGCAGGGCGACAUAGAUGCCGAUGUUGAAAGCCUCGUUCUAGUAGAACAUGCACACUGCACAGCUGAUAAUUGCUGGCGACAGAAGUACAUGGAAUCGCUGAGUCAGCUUCGUAGUGUGCUUGUGGAGCUGAGGAGCGAGCUCGAAGAGAAAAGUGUGCUUGAAGAAGCUACUCGGAGCCAAGAAACAAGGCACCAAACAAAAGUCCAACUAAUCGAAGAAAGCAUUCGUACACUCGAUGUCGAUGAACCGGAAGGGUCACCGAAGCGUUACUCCCGAACGGGAUCCCGCAAACGAAGCUUUUUAGGGCUGGAUUCAUCUCUUCGUCGAAUAAAACAAUCCCGGACCUCCGGCUCGCAGACGUCCCUUUCGAAAACCCCACUUCUCAAAAAAAUGAUCAACCUGUUUAAAAAGAAGCCAACAAAUUCCGCCUUCAGAAACAGAUGAUUGCGAAGACGCCGCAGGAUUAUUCGCUACUUAUCAGUGAUCAGGGGAGCUGUACUGUGAUUUAAUUGUACAUUUCUAUCCUGUAAUUAUUUCGGAAUUAUUUUACUCAAGCUGAAACGGUGUUAGCCGAAACGAGCAGCCGUUCAACAGGUAACCGUGCGUGAAUGACGGCCUGAAUAUAAUACAAAUUAUUCCUAGAAAUUAUUGCAUAAAUCAAUAGAACUGAGAACAACGUAUGUCGUAUGAAUUACAUGAUUGAAGAUAAAGCUUACACGGCAGAACUUAUUCUCUGACACUCGCUAUUCAUUAGUUCGGUAUAUCUCUGAAUGUUAUUAAUUUUCGCCAACAGAGGUUUUUACGAAAUGUACCAGGAAAUUUUCGAAAAUUUGCUUAAAAAUGGUCUACUGAGAUUUACCAGUUUUGUCGUUGUUUCUCAGAGGUAAAAUCCCGAAUGCCAGUUGAGUUUCAAAUAGUCACUCUCAUACCUUAGGCUCCUAUAACAAAUAGCAAUACAGCAGAUCUAGUUCCCAGUUGUAUUAGCGUUAAAUACUGGAUUUGCCUUUCCAGGACUAAGUCCAGUAUAUUCAAUAUACAUGCAGGAAAAGGUCGCGUUGUGUUUCCAAUAGACACUUGUUCUGAGCCUUCGGUCCAUGUUUUGACGAACCUUCGAUUGAACUAGCCAUCUUGUAGCAUAGAUACGCCAACGUUAGUCUCUCUCGUAUUGACCGCUGACAAGAAAGCAACUUACCAGUGACAAGCUAACGAGUAGAUCUGACGGACCAGUUAAAGACGUGAUCAAAUUUAGAUUAUAGCAUAAUUAUCUAACGUAAUGGAGACACUUAGAGCACACAGAUAUACACGAUACU